AUGCAGCCCCCAGAGAAGAGCCAGGGGCCCCCGGCCCGGGGGCCCGCGGGCCGCGCUCAGGACCGGCUGCCCGGCCCGGCGUCCACGGCGCUGUUCUGCGCCUGCGGCCUGUGCUUGCUGCUGGCGGGCGUGAACGUGACGCUGGUGGGAGCCUUCGCCUCCUUCGUCCCCGGACACAACGCGCCCCUCGUUGUGGGGCCGGCGCUGCUCGUGCUGGCGCUCUGCUUCUUCGCGGCCUGCUGCGUGUGUAGCCGCCGCCGCGGCCCCGCGCCCCGUUCGCGCUCGGCAGCGGCUGGGGAUCCCGGACAGGGCGGCGGCGGGCGCGUGGCGCUGGAGAUGGAGAGCAGCGAGCGCACGGCGCAGGACACCACGGCCGUGCAGCUUAGCCCCGCCGCCUCGGACGCGUCGUCCGGCCGCUCCAGCCCGGGCCCCGGCCCCUUCACCCUGGACGCCCCCGCGUCCGCUACCGUCUACGCGCCGCGCGCCGACGGGGUCCGGCUCGACCUGCCCCGGGAGGGCGUCGCCCCCUAA